GCGAGAUUGAAUGUUGUCGGCUUGGGGCAGUUUUAUACGGUUCUGUGUCUCAGACUGUCUGCUACAUAAUUGAAGUUAUAUUGCCAAAUUAGUAAUUGUGCUGUUGUUACUUAGUUGGAGCCAUGGUGGUGAAGAAGAAAGCGGCGAAAGCAGAGGCUGUUGCUCUGGACACCGCGACGCUGGAGAAGCUGAUGUCCUCUCUCUCCGAGGACGGAGACGAUUGGUCCCAGCUGCUAGCCAAGAACCUACUAGACUGUCUCCGUCUGACUGACCCAGUCCAGCAGAUCCAGAAGGUCAAGAAGGUGGGGGCGCUGUUUGAGGAGCUCAGGGAGGAGACGUCCCUCCCAGACAAUCUGCUCCUCUCUUGCCUUGACACCCUGGCAGUCAUGUACACCUCCCUGCAGGCCAAAAACCCUCUACAGAGAGCCAUUGGCAGUGCACUGAGCUCAGUACCAGACUGGCUGCGGGGACAGACUGUUGGCUGUCUUUCAGCACGCCUGUCAGGCUGUCUUUCCACCCUGGAUGUGGACCGUUACCCUCACCUCACGGACACCGUCGCCUCCUGCUUGGAUGGCUUCCCCUUGGGUGAGAUGUGUGUACACAGUAUACUGACAGAAGUGCUUCGGUUUCUCUGGAAAGCUUUGUGUGAAUACCUCCAACAAAACAGCGGUCUGGCUGGCCGUCACGUAGCCCAGGCCCAGGUCAUGCAGUCCUGCCUGGCUGCGGUCAAAACCUCCAUGCUGGUGGUGCAGAGGUCUCAGGAGCUCAUCAGCACCACCCUGCUGGUAGAGGAGUCACACUGCCCCCUGCAGGACACGCUGACCGCACUCCUCGACUGCUACACUCGCAUCCUCACAGACGAGGAAUUUGUGCAGACGGUCCAAAGCACAGCAGGAAUGGCGGUGGUCCUUCUGACCCGAAGCAUGCUGGGAGAUGCGGACAGGGUGGCUGAAGUGGUUGCAGGUCUCUUGCUCGGCUCAGAGGAGGGAGUCGAUACUGCCCCCCAGUGGUUGAAGGAGAGGUGUGCAGGGCUGUACUGUAAGACCCGGCCAUCAGCUGUCUCUCUCUUCCUGUGUCACGGUGCCCUGGCCAUGCUCAACUGGCGAGGAGGGUCACUGGGGCUGGAGGGGGAGAGGCUACUGCUGCUGAUUCCCACAACAUUGCUCUCCCUGGACUCCAGUGUGAAGGAGUCCAGCACGGCGAUGGUGGUGGCUCGCGUGUUGGCACUGUGGAGCAGUGCUGCCCUGGACAGCCUGCAGGGGGAGUACCGCUCCCCCCGCCUGUGCGAGGCCCUGCUGGGCGGGGCCAAGCUCCCGGCCCGCCUGCUGGAGCACGUCCACGCCCACUGGGAGCACCCCCUGGACGGCGUGCGCCACCAGACCCGCGCCCUCUUCCGGAACCUGCUGCGGCUGCAUCAGGCGUGCGCGGGCGCGCCCGACGCGGCCUCCGACCCCUUCGUGGCGGAGCUGACGCGCGCAGUGCUGGCGCUCGAGUGGCACUCCCGCGGGAAGUACGGCUCGCUCGCCUGCCUGGUGGAGCACCUGGGGGCCGACCGCCUGCUCGCCCUGGACGCCCGGCUGCCCGCCCGCCUGCUCGCCCUCAUGGGCGACCAGACCCUGGCCCCUUACGCCGGCGACCUACUGGAGAGGCUGUUCGUCAGCCACAAGGCCCAGCUGAGCGAGCGGGAGGGGGAGGGGCCAGGGGCGGGAACGGGCUGGAUGGACCAAUGGCACCGCACCUGGGUCACGCCCUUGCUGGAGGUACUUUGCCAGGCGCGGCUGGACCAGACCACCUACAUCCUGGACUACUUCCUACCCAAGCUGCUGCGCUGCUGCCCGUCCAGUGUGGGUCACAUGGUACAGGCCCUGCAGAGCACCCCACUUCGCACCUCAGGUUCCCACGGCAGUAGGGGCGCACUGGGGGCCCUGAUGACGUGUUUGCGGGCCGCGCGGGCCCAUGGGGUGGUGUGCCCCAGAGAGGAGGGGCUCUGGGGAGGGCUGGUGCCCCUCUCUCUGCUCCAACAGGCACUGGUGCACAAACACGACCAGGUGCGCAUGGACGCUCUGGGGCUGGUGUGUGAGAGUCACCGCACCACAGAGACUCUCUCCGCAGAGGAAAUGGAUCUGAUCCGUCACUUCCUGCCCUGCAGCCUGAACAGCCAGUCUCCUGGGGUCAGGCAGCAGACUGUCAGCCUGCUUAAGAAGCUCCUGUGCCGGGUGAAAGAUAGCACACAGCUCCUACAGAAGCGACUGGGGCAGGAUAGAGCUGAGGAGAAAGGAGAGAAGGAAGGGGACCGCAGCACCCUGGAGGCCUAUCAGGACUUCUUGCGCUGGUUCUGUGAGACCCUCUUCCAGGCGCUUCUCCCAGGCGCCUCCUUCUCCACCUGCCUGACUGCCCUCCACCUGCUGGGGCUGGUGGCCGAGCUCUUCACCUUCUCCACAGGGCCUGGUGGUUUUGCUCUGGGGGACUGUGUCAGGCAGAUGCACGCUCAGGCUGUCAUGCACUGUCUCGCCAGUAAUUUCCUGGAGGUCAAGCAGCUGGCCUCUGCUUUACUAAGGAAGCUUCCGCCUUUGGCUGUGGGGCUGCAGGAACCGGAGAGGAUGAGGUCGCUGCUCCGGGUCGCUCUUGACCUCAGCACCAGCACCAAGCCCUUCGACAGCGUCACCGCCGCCCAUCUCCUCUGCCUGCUCGCCCACCAGGAGGGCUUGCUGGAGGCCCUGGAACACUGUGCCCUGGAUCAGGGCGUCUCCUUCCAGCCACUGCCGCCAGGAGAGCCCCAGGCUUCUGAGGCCUUCACCCUGGAGAGGAACACUCUUGCAGUGGUGCGGUUCCUGCUGCUGUGUCUGAAGGCUGAGGUGGUCCGGGCAGAGUGCUCCCUCCUGCAGGCCGCGGCCUCGCACCCGCUGUACGGCCGAGCCCACUGCAUCACUGCGGCCCUGCAGCAGCUCCACACGGGGUCCCUGGCUUUGACAGAGCAAUGGAGAUCGUUGGUUACAGAGCUCAUCGCCACAUCCUAUAGGAUGUCUGAUGUUGUGUCACCUGUUGUCCAAAGCUCCUCCCCCGAAGGUCUCAUACCUAUGGACACAGACUCUGAGACAUCAGCUGGGCUGCAGCGAAUACUAAUGGAGAUCCAGCCUCGUGACACUAAUGACUUCUUCUCCGAUGCCCGAGAGCUCGAAACACAGGGCGGGGGUGAGCCCGGAAAGGGAGCUCCCACACACACACCUCGGUCUGAGAGCACAGGUGGCAGCGGGGAGGGGUACCGCGUCACGGCUCAGAUGGUGCUGGUGUGCUGCUGGCGGAGCAUGAAGGAAGUGUCCAUGCUGCUGGGACAGGUGUGUCAGGCCCUGCCUCUGCGGAUCAGAGAGCCGCACGCAGAUGGCAUCAUCACGGAGGAACAGGUGGAAGGGGUGGGGCAGUACUUUCGGCAGCAGCUCCUGCAGUCUCGCCACAGGGGCGCGUUCGAGCUGGCCUACGUGGGCUUCGUGCGGCUCACGGACAUGCUGUGCAGGAGCGGGAGCCUCCCCCUGCAGCAGCUGCCGGCCCGCUGGCUGAAGGAGGUCCUGGAGGAGGUCAAGUCCAGUGACCCCUCGUCCAAACUGUGCGCCACCCGCCGCAGCGCGGGCAUCCCCUUCUACAUACAGGCCCUGUUGUCUUCUGAGCCGAAGUCCUCCAGCUGCAGCCUCCUGAAGAUGACCAUGAAGGAGCUGACCGCGCUGGCCAUGCCUCCCCUCAAGGGUCCCACCGACCGCAGCACCGUCCCCCAGGUCCACGCUCUCAACAUCCUCCGGGCUCUGUAUCGGGACACUCGGCUGGGGGAGAACAUCGUCCCGUUCGUGGCGGACGGCAUGCAGGCGGCCGUUCUGGGGUUCACCUCCCCAGUCUGGGCUGUGCGCAAUUCCUCCACCCUCCUCUUCAGCACACUGAUUACCAGGAUCUUUGGAGUAAAGAAGGGAAAAGACGAGCAUUCCAAGAAGAACCGGAUGACUGGCCGGGAGUUCUUCACUCGCUUCCCUGCCCUCUAUCCUUUCCUUCUGGGACAUCUGGAGGAGGCUGUGGAGUCUGUGGACAGUGACUCAGGCAAGGUGAAGCUGCACCCCAGCCUCUUCCUGCUGCUGCUAGUUUUGGGACGUCUGUACCCCUCGCCCAUGGACGGGUCCUCCUCUCCGCUGGGUCUGGCCCCCUUCAUGCCUCUCAUAAUCAGGUGCGGUCGCUCUGCGGUCUAUCGGACCCGGGAGAUGGCGGCCCGAGCGCUGGUGCCCUUCGUUCUGGUGACGCAGGUGCCCGCCACCGUCCGGGCUCUGCUGGAGAGCCUGCCCCUCGGACCCGGACCCGGAACCCAGCAGAACCACAUCCAUGGCACCUUGUUGCAGGUCCUGCACUUGAUGAGGUCCUACCAGACGGACACUCAAAGGCCUCUCUCAAAGGGAAUCGAGCAGGACUGUGACAUCAUCAACGCCCUCCAGCCUCGAAUGUGGCUGGCGACCAGACAGAACCCGUGCCCGGUGACCCGAGCUGCCUUUUGGGACCUCCUCGGGGACCUGUGUGGCUCGUCCUUGGGCCCAGCAGAAGACCCGGCGCUGACGAGCCUCCGGCGGGAAACGCUGCGGAUCGCGAUGGAUUCGGAACUCCUGUCCCCCGACGGCCCCUGCGCCGCCGCCGGCCCCGGGGCCACGCAGUACUUCCUGAGCCUGGCCCGGGUGGCGGCGAGCGCCAGCGUGGAUGACCCGGGGCUGUGGGGAACGGGGCCGCGAGGACCCCUCAUCCUGGGGCAUCUGCUGCGGUGCCCGCAGUACGAAGUGAGGCAGCUGGCUCUGGAGGCGGUUCUAAGGGGACUCGAGAAGGGGGCCUGCCUGUCCAGCUACCUCGACGCCGCCUGCUACCCUCUGACCAGCAUGGCUCUGCACGAGACACACCCCCAGUGUCUGACAAAGGUGCUGCAGGUGCUGUCCGGCCUCCCCUUGACCUCUGUCCUGCCCUGGAGGGAUGGGGAAAAGACACUGACCAAUGAGGAGGCGCUGAACUGGGUCCUGACCUUGGCGGAGGACUCCGCCCACAGUGUUGAGCUCCACUGCGCUGCGCUGACGCUGGUCUCCCGACUGAUGGUGCACCUGGCGGAGGCCGCCCCCCAGGGCAUGGGCGUGGCUGCAGUGUCGAUGUUGAGUCGCUGGGGGGCGCUGGUGAGCCGGUGCUGCGGCGAGGAGCAGCCGGGGGAGGUGAAGCUGGCUGCCGCGGAGGUGCUGGUGAAGGCCACGCCCAGCCUGCUGGCCAGCCCCGCCCUGCCGCUGGGUGUGAGCGACACGGUGGCGCUGUGGCGGAGCCUCUUCACGCUCCUGCAGGAUGAGGACGGAGACGUGAGGGACAGGGCGUCCGACUUCAGCACCGCCGUCCCGGGACACCUGCUCCCGUCUGAAUGCACAGACGCGGCCCCCGCCGCCGUGUGCCCCCCGGUGGCCCUGGAGCUGGGGGUGGGGCUUCUGUGCCGGCUGCUCCAGGUGUGGGGGCAGGUGCCCGCGGGCGUCCUGAUUCUGACGGAGUGGCUGUUGGGUGAGGCCGAACCGGAGACGGGCUCCGAGGAGACACCCAGCCUGGAUGAAGAGGAGUUCCUGUUUGAGAAGGGGCAGCUGAACCUGUGGGCGGAGCCUCUGCGCUGGGUGCGGCUGCUGCACCGGCACCUGUCCAUCCUCCUGCGUGCGCCGGGCGUGGCCGGGGUGGGCCGGGCGGAGCUGGACAGACUGAGGGCGCUGGCGGAGGGUCGCGAGCGCGCCUCCCAGCACAUGCUCAGCGCCCUGCCGCCCCUGCCCCAGUUCUCCUGCACCGCCGACCACGCCCGCCUGGCGGUGCUGAGAGAGAGGGCAACGCUCGCCCUAGAGGUGCUGGGCUCUCCGCGGCUGACGUCUCCGUCCUGCUGAAGAACCGGACCCGCUUCUCACUCGAGCAUCAUCAUAGCUCGAGCUUCUUGAAGACUGAAAGAGUGAGAGUGAGAGCGAGUGAAUACAAA